AUGGGAUUAUUGACUUUGGUUAAAAAUAAAGCAUUACUUUUCUUGGGCUUACUUUCUUUUGGGAUCAUACUAAAGUACAUAGUUAUAGAGGACUUGGAAGUUAUUACUGAAUUUGAAAAAUCUUUGGAGAGAUUGAAUCAAAACUUAAUAAAGGAUGUGAAUAACUUCCAAAGAAAGGAAAAUGCAACCCUUCUAACACUAGCACGAAAUUCUGAGUUGUAUGAAAUAGUAAACACUGUCCUCAAUUAUGAAAAUAAGUUCAACGGAAUAUACCAAUACCCAUGGGUGUUUUUAAACGAUGAACCAUUCUCUGAUAAAUUUAAAAACACAAUUACUCGUUUAACCAGUGGCCCUACUUAUUUUGGAGAAAUCCCGAAAGAGCAAUGGGAUAUGCCAGAAUCUAUAGACGUUGGGCGAGCUGAAGCGUCAUGGGGGGAAAUGGCAAUGAGAGGCAUUAUUUAUGGAGGGAAGAAAUCUUACCGACAAAUGUGCAGAUACUAUUCUGGUUUUUUUUGGAAACACCCGUUGCUCGAUUCAUACAAAUACUACUGGAGAGUUGAGCACGAUUCUAAUUUGCUAUGCAACAUCAAGAAGGAUCCAUUUACUGAGCUUCGUGAAAAAAAUAAAACCUAUGGGUUUGUCAUUACUAUUAAGGAAAUUGCAGCGACUGUCCCCUCUUUAUGGAACACAACCAUGGAUUUUGUUGCAACAUAUCCCGAGUUGGUAGCACCUAACAAUUUAUGGAACUGGAUUUCUAAAAACGAAGGAAGAGAUUAUAGUUUGUGUCAUUUUUGGUCUAAUUUUGAGGUAGCAGAUUUAGACUUCUUCAGGAGCGAUGCAUACCAAAAAUAUUUUGAUUACCUGGAUAAUGCCGGUGGAUUUUUUUAUGAAAGAUGGGGUGAUGCUCCGGUUCAUUCAAUAGCUUUAAGUCUUUUUCUUGAUAAAGAUCAAAUUUUGUUCUUUAAGGACAUAGGCUAUGAGCAUUCGCCUAUCAUUUACUGUCCUACUAACAAUAAGCACUGCAGCUGUGAUGUUGCCUACGGAGAUCUGAAAGACAGUAAUUCUUGCAUUUACAAAUACUUGCAAGUAACUGAAGGUAUUUGA